AUGUCCAGUAGUAGCAGAUAUGUGGUUAUCUGUGUAUACCCUAAUUGUCGUAUGAGAAACAGCGACAAUAGGGUGAUAUUUGAGUGUGAGAAUCCGUUAUUAUUGCGCACUCGGCGCGGCCGGUCGUCAUCGCUGAUAUAUUCGUCAUCGAACUCGGACGCCGCCUCCGAUACGAGUCUUGGCUGCGGUGUUUGUCUCCGGCAGAAGAGGCAGCAAGUCGCAGUAGGACGUUGUGGGCGUCGUAUUGUUCCCUCGAACGUCGCUGUCAGCUUCGUCGUCACUGUUAACCUACGACGUGCAACCCGAUCUGGGAUGAUGGACAUUAGAAUAGGUUUGUUUGGAAAUAGCAUUUUGGUGGUUGUUGCUGGCUUCAUGGGAACCACCAACAAGAUGUGUGACAACGACGAUGCUUGUCAAGAGAAUGCCUACACUAGAAAUGGAUCAAAGAAUGUGGAUGAGGAUACGACUCACAAUACUACCGAGAGUGAAUUUUUCUACCGAGACAUGGGAGAAUUUGGUGACGUUGAAGGGAUAGAUGUGGAAGACAUAAUGAAGAAGGUAUUUAGGAGCGAUGAGGAUGUGUAUGAGUUCUAUAAGAAGUUUGGAAAAUAUCACGGCUUUGGAGUUAGGAAGGGGGAUUCCUGGAAGGAUGAGGACGGUAUUGUCACAAGGCGGAGGUUCUUCUGCAACAGGCAAUGUUUGAGAGAUGAAAAGCACUAUAAUCGGGUAGAUAGGAUGAGGGUUCAUAAACCAGAAACGAGGACUAAUUGCGAAGCGAAGUUCUCCAUAUACCUUGACAGGAGUGCUUCUGUGUGGCGAGUAAGGAAGAUUGAAAAUAAGCACAAUCAUGACUUGACCCCUAGUUGCAUGGUGCAUUUGAUUGCGAAGUACCGGUCACUCACGGAUGCCGCCAAAGCUCAGAUAGAUGGGUUGAACGAGUAUGGAAUUUCCACAGUGAAGAGUGUACGAUAUAUGGCCGGGAUGGCUGGAGGAUACUCGUUGGUUGGCUUCUUAAAGAAGGAUGCCUAUAAUCACAUUGAUAAAAGAAGGCGUGUAACGAUUGCAGAAGGCGAUGCAGACGCUGCGCUUGCAUAUUUAGAAGGUAAGACAGAAUCGGAUCCGAUGGCCAUGGCACGGUAUAGUUUGACCAAUGAGGGAAUGCUAGGCAAUAUGUUUUGGGCCGAUGGGGGCAGCAGAGUCGAUUACCAGUACUUCGGGGAUGUCCUUGCGUUUGAUGCGACAUACAAAAAGAACAAGUAUAGGCGGCCAUUGGUAAUCUUCUCAGGGGCCAACAACCACAAGCAGACGACCAUUUUCGGUUUUGAUUUACUAAUGGAUGAGACAUUUGAAUCUUAUAAGUGGAUAUUGGAGAACAUGUUGGAGGUGAUGUGCAUGAAGGAGCCAUCAGUGGUUGUUACAGAUGGGGAUGAGGCGAUGCGUAAAGCCAUAACAUUAGUAUUUCCGAAGGCAACCCACCGCCUAUGUGCAUGGCAUUUUCAGAAAAAUAUUACGGCCAACGUGAAGGAGCCGUCACUCCGAUCACGAUUUAACCGAUGGUUAUAUGCGGACAUCGACAUUCGUGAAUUUCUAACUGAGUGGGACUUAGCGGUUGAAGAGUUCAAACUUCAAGAUAGCCUAUGGGCGAGGCAGGUGUUUGGUAAGAAGGAAAUGUGGGUGAAUGCAUAUCUGAGGAAUAAGUUUUGCGCCGGGUUUAGGACCACAUCUCGAUGUGAAGGUAUAAAUGCAGUGGUCAAGAAUUUCCUUCAAUCGAAGCAUACUAUUCUUGAACUUGUGCAGAACCUGGAGGUAAUGGUACGUGAUUAUCGGAAUAACGAGCUUCUAGCCCAGUUUAGAACCAUUGACACUUUCCCAGUAAUGACAACUAGCCUCGAUGCCAUAGAGCGGUUCGCUGCGCUGACAUAUACGAAAGAAGUCUUUGCGGACGUUAAACGAGAGAUUGAACGAGUUACAGUCGUUAAUUUGGUCCGGUUAAGAAGAUCUUUAAACACAAGGGUAUACUCAUUGGAAGAGUACGGAUCUCCUGGGAGAGUUAUUCUAGUACUGUUUGAUCGGAAUAUGGGAAGGCUCAAGUGUCGGUGUGACGGUUGGACGAAAUACGGAUACCCAUGUCGCCAUCUCUUUUUUGUCAUGAAGCAUGAGCAUCUGCAAGAAAUCCCGGAGCAGCUGAUUAUGAAACGAUGGACAAAGAAUGCCAAAGCGUUGAAGGAAUAUGUGGAGAAGACAAACGAUGGAGGCGACCGGUCCUUCUUGCUUAGACAUGGUGCAUUGCAUACCGCAUGCUGCUGGCUUUUUCUCCUAGGUGCGCAACAGUUUCAUUUGUUCGGGAAGGCCAUGAAGGGAAUUCGGGAGCUAUGUAGGGAUCUCGAACGUGAAUGUGGACACGCUGAAGAAAUCAAACACACAAAAGGGGAACGAAAAGUUAUUCGUGACCCUGUGUGUGUUAGGACAAAAGGGGCGCCUAAGGUGCCUAAAGGAAAAAGCAAUGGACGCGAGAGGAAAUGCACAAAGUGUAAGAAUACUGGCCAUACGAAACGAAAAUGCCUGGAUGCUUACCGGGUACGGCUAGAUGAAAUGGAGCAAGAUAAACUUCCUGUCCCCCCCUUAGAUGAACACAUGCAGGAGAUUAAGCAAUUUGCUUUGCUGGAGAAGUUAGGUGAUGCGGGUUUGACCGGAAGCAACUUUGGCACCAUCUCCGAUCCAACUAAGACUUGUGCUGACCACGUUGUUGAAGAUGACACUAACACAGCUUAUUACCAAAGGUUGAUUGCCAUGAUUUGCACCCAAGCAUCUGUGAUGGAAGGUGGUCGCUUUGACCUGAAUGAUAUGUAA